AUGGCAGCCCCGAAGGCCGGCCCUGCGGAGAGCAGCAUAGUGGCCACGGUGCAAGUUGAAGGGACCGAGUACCCUCUGGUUGAAAUCCGCUCUACAGGAGAUAUCCUUCUAGAUGUUACCUUCAAAAACACGUCAGAAUGUACGAAAUCGAUCCCCAAAGACACUCUCCGGAGUCUGCGGACCAAGAAGCUUCCCAUACCAUCCCCGCGCAUUUUAUACCGAGUCAAGAUGGAGACGAUCAAGAAGUACUCUGAGUACUUCCAGAUACUGUUCAAACCCAUCUUCGCAGAGGGCCUAGCAGUUACGAAGGCAUUGGCAGACCUUCAAGCGGCUGGUCUGGAUCCUACCAAUAUUGAGGCGGAUAAGCUUCCUCGUGUCAAUAUUGUCGAUGAAGAUAGUAUCACGAAGACGUUUGGGAGGGAGGUUAUAUUCAGGGAUAUGCUACGCAUAGUCCAUGGGAAUGAUUAUCUCACGUCUCCGUUCAAUACGCAGUGUCUCACGGUUCUCGUGCUCAUGGCAGACCGAUACAACUUUACCUCUCCCGUCACUCGGCAUAUGCAAAAGACCUUGAAUGCACACAAGUAUCCAGUUGGGCUUGAUAAGAACGGUGAAGAGGUCUUGAGGCAAAAGAUCUUGAUACAAUUCCACACCGAUCAUGGGAUGAGAUUCACUGGGUCGACGAAAGAGUUGAUACUGCGUGGAUCUCUACGUUGGACGGAUACCGCAGAGACUAGCAAUGAGUUUCGGGCUCCUUGGUGGGACUUACCAUACGGAUUAGAAGGGGAGCUGGCAUAUCGUCGUGCUUGCGUUCUACGUACCAUUGCUUCGAUUCAAGACCAGUUCCUGCAGAUCUACAGCUCGAAAGAAAGGCAAUGCAAGUUGGGGUACGAUACAAGUUCAAGUUGUGAUUCCUUCCAGCUAGGAGAGAUGAUCAAAUUCCUCACCAAAAAAGAUCUCCUAUCUCUCGUCUCCUUCCAAGCCGCCUCUCCGUACGAUGCCGACUACAUCUGGCCUGAGGCUUACAUCGGCGACAUCGAACUCCUGAUCAACACCCUCCGGCAAUGCCCGCAAUACCAAAUUGAUAGCAACCACGGCCACUGCGGCCUCCGCACCAAGAUCCUCCCCGCCCUAGACUUUAUCCGCACCUGCAUCGACACUGGUCUCGGCAUCCGCCUUUCACGGUCCAAAUCCGGAGGCCCUCUGUUCGAAUCGUGGAUUCCCCCUCAAGAAGUGAAGAAGAAGGCUGUUUGGGUGGGGAGCGAGAACGAGGAGGUCGAUGUUGCGGGGGAGAAGCCAAAGGUAUGGAAUUUUGGGCAGCAAGGGCGCGUGAACAUGGGGCUGGGUGCGGGUGGGGAGGUGGACAGGAGCCCAAGGGGGCUUUUCACGAGCGAGAAGUGGAAUUGGGUGACGGAGCAGGACAGUAACCCUAGGGCGGUGCUUGGGGGCUCGUUCAUGACGAGUAUCAUGCGGUAG